UACAUUAUAAAUUUUUCCUGUUAGACUAUCCACUAGUUAUAUUAAAAGGACGAAAGGCGAGAUUGAUUAUUAAGUGUUAACAAUGGAGAUCAAUUCUUUCGUCAAAGUGCUAUUGUCCCUGAUGUUGAUAUUGUUAUUUGGAUUGUUUGUUAAGUUAUACAACACAUUGGUAGCUAAGCGUUUGAAGCUCCGAUUAGCUCUGCAAAAGCAGGGUAUUCGGGGGCCUCCAGGUACACUCGUAUUAGGGAACCUCUUGGAGAUCCAUAACGCUUUUAGUCAUGCAUCAGUAGCGAGUGGCACGAGCAAUGAUUUCCCAGUUUCUCACAAUAUUCAAUCAAUUCUUUUUCCAUUUGUUGAUCGAUGGCUUGAAAAAUAUGGUGAAAUUUUCAUGAUAUCGAUUGGGAGUACGCAAAUUUUAGGAGUGACUAAACCUGAGAUGGUGAGAGAGAUCAUGAACACUUCAACAAAUUUUGACAAACCCCCUUAUCAUAUGGAAUUACUUAAGCCUUUGUUUGGUGAUGGUGUGAUAACUUCGUCUGGUGCUAAAUGGAAUUCCCAGAGGAAGAUUCUUGCCCCUGAAUUCCACUUGGAGAAACUUAAGGGAAUGAUCAAAUUGAUUCAAGAAGCUGCAGUUACGGUAGUAGAGCAAUGGAAAGCCGAGAUAGAGAAGGCCGCUCAAGGUGGAAUUGCAGAAAUACACAUCGACGAAUACAUGAGAAGGUUUUCGGCCGAGGUGAUAUCUAGGACUUGCUUUGGAAGCAGCUACAUUGAGGGUGAAGAAAUCUUCUCUAAGCUUACUACUCUAUGGUUGACAGUAUCCAAGAAUCUUGUGUUUUACGCGAUUCCAGGAAUGAGGCAUAUUCCUACAAAGAGAAACAGGAAGAUUAAGGCACUGGAAAAAGAAAUUCAAACGUCCAUCUUAAAAGUGAUCGAGGAACGAAAGCAAGCUGGAAUCGAGAAAAAUUUGCUACAAACUAUUCUUGAAGCUGCCAAGAGUAGUGGGUUGAGAAAAGAUUCUGCAAAUAAAUUUAUUGUAGAUAACUGUAAAAACAUUUAUUUAGCUGGAUAUGAAACUACUGCUGUUUCCGCACAAUGGUGUCUCGUAUUACUAUCUGUCUAUCCAGAAUGGCAAAAUCGCGUUCGUGCUGAGGUAAUUGAAGUUUGUAAAGGACAACUUCCUGAUCAUGAUAUGAUUUCCAGAAUGAAGCAGUUGACAAAGGUGAUUAAUGAGACAUUGCGACUAUAUACUCCAGUACCAGUACUUCCAAGAGAAGCAUUUGCUGACUUGAAGUUCGGGGACAUUUGCAUACCAAAGGGCGUAAAUAUUUGGUUACUGGCAACGACGUUACACACAGAUCCAAACGUAUGGGGACCCGAUGCCAACGAAUUCAAUCCAGAUAGGUUUGAGAAUGGAGUGGCCGGGGCAUGUACACAUCCAUACCUGUACAUGCCUUUUGGAUCUGGAGUAAGAGUAUGUGUUGGACAGAACUUUGCCUUACUCGAACUGAAGAUGCUUAUUUCACUUCUUUUAUCUCACUUUUCUUUCUCCCUCUCGCCCAAAUACGUUCAUUCGCCUACCUAUCGUGUGGUUAUUGAGCCUCAAUAUGGAGUUCAUCUUCUUGUUAAGAAAUUAUGAUCAGAUCAUGACUGAUAAUUUAGUGUUGCAAGCAUUUAGUGUUUUGGAUAUGUAAGUCCUUAUUUGUUAGAGUGCUAUUAUUAUUUUUACCUUGUGUAGAAAUCAACUCAACUCCUUAUAUUCACCACAGCUAGAAUCUUUUCUAAUAGUAAUUGUUGUCUAUGGAUCUGUAUUGUACCAUUUGUAUUAGGAUUUAGUGUCUGUUGUAAACGAAAACUAUUUUAAAAAAAUAAAAGAAUAAUCAAGCACUGAA